AGAGCCUCAGCCAGUGACAGCCACUUCCCACUACUGAGCUGCGGGGCCGGCUGCACAUCGGCAACCUCUGCAGCCUCCUGGCCGCUAACAGGCCCAUCCACAGGCUCUCCGGGGUAGCUGCUCCCAGGCUGGUCCUCAUGUCAGUCAAACCCAGCCCUGGCCCCGACCCGGACCCGGGCCACGACCCCACUUUGGCACCCAGCAAUGAUUUUGGAGAGAUUCACAACUGGACGGAACUGCUCCACCUUUUCAACCACACCUUUUCUGAUUGCCACACGGAACUCAACGAGAACGCCAAACAAGUAGUCCUUUUUGUCCUCUACCUGGUCAUCUUCGUGGUAGGGUUAGUGGAGAACAUCGUGGUGAUAGGUGUCAACUGGCGCCGCUCGGGCCGGGCGGGGCUGCUGAACUUGUACAUCCUCAACAUAGCCAUCGCAGACCUGGGCAUCAUCCUGUCCCUUCCCGUCUGGAUGCUGGAGGUCAUGCUGGACUACACCUGGCUCUGGGGCAGCUUCUCCUGCCGCUUCACUCAUUACUUCUACCUUGCCAACAUGUACAGCAGCAUCUUCUUCCUCACGUGCCUCAGCGUUGACCGCUAUGUCAGCCUCACCAACGCCUCUCCCUCCUGGCAGCGCCACCAGCACCGAAUACGGAGGGCCGUGUGCGCUGGCGUCUGGGUCCUCUCGGCCAUCAUCCCCCUGCCUGAGGUGGUGCAUAUUCAGCUGGUGGAUGGCUCCGAGCCCAUGUGCCUCUUCCUGGCACCUUUUGAAACGUACAGCACAUGGGCCCUGGCAGUGGCCCUGUCUGCUACCGUGCUGGGCUUCUUACUGCCCUUCCCGCUCAUUGCAAUUUUCAACAUCCUGACAGCCUGCCGGCUUCGGAAGCAAGGACGGCCAGAGAGCAGGCGCCACUGCGUGUUGAUGUGGGCUUACAUAGCCGUCUUUGGCGUCUGCUGGCUGCCCUACCAUGUGACAAUGCUGCUGCUCACUCUGCAUGCGACCCACAUCUUCCUCCACUGCCGUCUGGUUAACCUGCUCUACUUCUUCUACGAAAUCAUUGACUGCUUCUCCAUGCUGCACUGUGUCCUCAACCCCAUCCUUUACAACUUUCUCAGCCCAAGCUUCCGGGGCCGGCUGCUGAGCCUUGUGGUCCGUUACCUUCCCAAGGAGCAGGCCAGGGCGGCAGGUGGAAGGGCUUCCUCUUCUUCGUCCACCCAGCACUCCAUCGUCAUUACCAAAGAGGGCAGCCUGCCCGCUGCAGAUCUCCACCCCCACCCCAUCCGAAACGCUCGGGCCUCCUCUCUGCCUCCAAACACCUCAUCUGCACUCUGCCGUUCCAUAGCCAGCUAAGGUAGAUUCCAGACUCUUCCAUCAGUAACAAAGUCCGGAUCUGGGGAAAGGGAUAGGGGAGGAUUGGUUUGUUCUGGGUCAUUUUUUUUUCCUUUGGUUUUUG